CGCAGCAAGUAAUGGCCAUACUGACAUCGUUAAGAUGUUGUUGGACAAAGGAGCAGAUCCGAACGAGUCUGAAGGAUUGUGUCAAGCAGCAUGUAAUGGCCAUACCGACAUCGUUAAGAUGUUGUUGGACAAAGGUGCAGAUCCGAAAGAGUCUGGUGCAUUGUAUCAAGCAGCACAUCAAGGCAAUACCGACAUCGUUAAGAUGUUGUUGGACAAAGGAGCAGAUCCGAAAGAGAGGAUUCAAAUGAAUUUUCCAUCUAAAGGAAUAUUGGAUAAUCCUGAAGUUGAUUCAGAUAAAGGGCUACACUCGGCGAUGACAUCCGACAUAUCAACUGCUUAUAAACAUGAUGCAAAGUGGUUCAUGAACAUUGUAAAGGAACGUAACAUGGACGAUUUCUAUAUGUUGGAAAAGACGUUUGCUACAACAUAUCAAAACGAUGAUUCCUGUGCCAGUCUUCUACAUUCAGUGGCUGUGUAUGGAACUACCACAAUGGUAGAGCUUAUGCACAAUUGGAAUGGAAUUAAAUGGGAUGAACAAUAUACAGUCUCCGGAAACAGAUUUGGGGAUACAUUGGACGCAAUAACUGUCGAGAAAGCAACGGCAUUAUACAUAGCAACGUUUCUUGAUAGAACCGAAAUUACAGAAUCGUUGGUACAAUGUGCUGGAGAAGACAAUAUCAGUUGUUGUUUUCAAAACAUACAACUCAGUAGAAAAAUGGAACAAGUGUUUAUGUUGGAGCUCGCAAAAAGGCUGAAACAAAAACACUGUGAACUGCAACCGGCAAUCGUUCCAGGACACAAACACGAAAACGACGAUAUUCGCUCACGGGUGUUUAUUGUGUAUUCACCAGAUGUGGUUCAGGCAUCUGAAUACAACUUUAACGGACUGGCUUUGGUGAAGCUCAGUAAUCCGUACGUCGUCCAAAAAGCAGCAAUUUUCGAACCAAACAUCGAAAUGAACUUAUGUGAAAAAGCUAUUGACAAAACAAAAAAGGCCAUAAAAAUUCAUCGUCAGGUUCUUUGGAAGAAACAUAGCAACCUGAAUAUCAUCACUGGCAGUCACAUAAAAUAUCGGAGGAAUGGAUCAGAUAUUGAGAAGAGACACUGUGUUGUCCUAUACUGCAGUACCAAGGGCGUCAUCCCACUUGGCGAAGAAAGAUUUCCAAGGCGAUUACAUAUAGACAAGGAUGACUAUAUAGAUGUUGAUGUGCGCGAAGGUCUUUUCGAACAUAGUGUUUACCGAUCACUGCCUAGUACGUGGCCGCAUCCAACUCUCAAGAUGGGUUGCAAUAUUGGACGGUUGACACCCCAAUACAACGCACAGGGAAAUCUUCUUCCAAACCUUGGUGGUACUCUUGGCCCCUGUGUUAGGUACAAUAACAAUCUUGGUUUUCUCACCUGUGCACACGUUCUGUUUGACAUCCCUUCACCAACAUAUACUUUGGAUUUCACAGCUAGUGCCACACAUUCAGUUGAGGUCGUACAGCCAUCAACCGAUGCAACUCAAUUUCAAGGUGGCGUUGCCUGUGGAGUUGUAGAGAGAGCCAUUUUUGAUCCUACCCGUAAACCUAGCGUUGAUGCUGCAGUUGUCAGGUUGACAGAUACUGCCAGGGUACCUAACGCCGGUCAAUUCUCCAAUGAACUGCAUAGUAGCUACAAAAAUGCAGGCUUUAACGAAAUGCCCGAGUACAACAAUGGAGCUAUGCUAACAGUCGCAGGUGUCAACGGCCUAGGUUCUACACAAAAUGUGGUAAAAUUUGGAAGUAAAACCGACGUGACGAGGGGAGCUUUAAGUGUGUUUGGUGUUAACGUCAGGCCAUUAUCGACUGCACUAGGUUUGCCGAGUGGAGUGGGUGAUGUAGAAAUGAAAGAUCAAUAUCAGGUUAUAGGAAUUCAUCCGAGUGCAAACUUUUUUGAAAAAGGGGACUCCGGUUCUGGAGUGUUUUGUAAGGACCUUCACGGGGUUUUACACUGUAUCGGAAUGGCAAUUGGCAGCGCCAAUGUUAGUAAUUACCAGUACAGAGCAGGAGUUGUGACGCCAAUCGAGGCAGUGUUGCAAGCACUAGGUCCAAAUAUCACCCUAGCUACAUUUCCAUGAGUGAAACGUACCAAAGAGUAUUGCCACAUAGAUAGCAUACAUGAUAAAUAUCACCCUAGCUACUUUUCCAUGAGUGUGACGUACAAUACAUUAGUGCCACAUAGAUAGCAUUCUACUUCACAGUUGUUUUCCUCUGGAUACCUGCUUAUAUAUUAGAAAUUGAGCGAAAUAUAUGAUUUUUGUUAUUUUUACAGUUUCUUCUCUUAGCACAGUAUGCAUCUUUCAUUUUAAUAUUGAUCCUGGGUAGGACUAUUCAAGUAAAGUGUAAUAUCGGCAGUGUGAAAGAGCUGUGUUGAUACCGGAAACUUUGUGUUUUGUUUUUGUUUGCUAUCAAAACUCGAAUGUGAUUCUAUGAAAUUACAUUGUCAAUGGUAAUGUUGAAUUUGAACUUUAUGGGACUCUAUAAUAAUGUGUGUGAUUUUGCUGAGCAAAUUAAAUUAAAUA